UUCUCGUCGCGGGCCGUAACGGCCAUACCUCCUGCUCCUUCAUUUCCUUCUCCAUCGUUCUCGUCAGCGAGCGCGCUUGCUCUCUCUCUCUCUCUCUCCCAUCCAUUAUCGCUGUUGGACGUGCGGGCUCCGAGCUCGCAGCGCGCUUCGGCAAUGUCUUUCUCCGAUUCGGAGCUGUCCUCUCACGGCGGAGAGUACAAAACCUUCGGCCAAAUCAGCCGUGACCGUCUGCUCAAUGAAAUGCUUGGAUCUGCGAAAACAGGGGAUUCAAAAUCGACUUGGAAGGUACUCAUCAUGGACAAAGUUACACUUAAGGUGAUGUCAGCUUCAUGUAAAAUGGCGGAUAUCACAGAUCAAGGCAUUUCUUUGGUGGAAGAUCUCUUCCGCAGAAGACAACCGUUGCCAUCCAUGGAUGCUAUUUACUUCGUCCAGCCAUCAAAAGAGAAUGUAAUUAUGUUCUUGUCAGACAUGUCUGGAAGGGUGCCCCUAUAUAAGAAGGCAUUCCUGUUUUUCAGUUCACCAGUCCCUAAGGAGUUGAUUAAUCACAUAAAGUGUGAUACUAGUGUGCUUCCAAGAAUAGGCGCAUUGAGAGAGGUGAACUUGGAGUACUUUCCCAUGGACAGUCAGGGUUUUGUCACUGAUCAUGAGAGAGCACUAGAAGAAUUGUUUGGGAACAAUGUUGAGAAUUCACGGACAUUUAGUGCUUGCUUAAACACGAUGGCGACUCGAAUAUCUACAGUUUUUGCUUCUUUGAAUGAGCUACCAAAUGUUUGGUACCAUGCGGGUAAAGCAAAAGACUCACCUCAAGCUCGUGAUUUAGUUCCUUCAAAGCUUGCCACUGCCAUUUCAAGCUGUCUCAUGAAAUACAAAUCCAUUCCCAAUUUUCCACAGAAGGAAACAUGUGACUUGCUCAUCCUGGAUAGAUCUGUUGAUCUGAUUGCUCCUGUCAUACAUGAAUGGACUUAUGAUGCUAUGAUCCAUGAUUUACUAGAUAUGGAUGGGAACAAAUAUGUGUAUGAGGUUCCUAGCCAAAGUGGAGGUCAACCUGAAAAGAAGGAGGCCCUUCUUGAGAAUCAAGAUCCAAUCUGGCUAGAGCUCCGCCAUUCACACAUAGCAGAUGCUAGUGAAAGAUUACAUGAGAAGAUGACAAACUUUGUAAACAAGAAUAAAGCUGCACAAGCCCAAAGGAGCUCGAGAGAUGGGAGCGAGUUGUCUACACGAGAUCUGCAGAAAAUUGUUCAAGCACUUCCUCAAUACGGCGAACAAGUUGACAAGCUUUCCCUCCAUGUAGAGAUUGCUGGGAAAAUCAACAAAAUGAUCAGGGAAAUAGGUUUAAGGGAACUUGGCCAAUUGGAACAGGAUCUUGUAUUUGGAGAUGCAGGUGCUAAGGAUGUUAUCAGUUUUCUGAGGACAAAGCAGGAUGCAACUCCAGAAAAUAAACUGCGAUUGUUGAUGAUAUAUGCAACUGUAUAUCCUGAGAGGUUUGAGGGUGAUAAAGCUUCAAAGCUAAUGCAGUUGGCUAAAUUAUCACCUGUGGACAUGAAGGUCAUUAGUAACAUGAAAUUGCUUGUUGGAUCUUCCGAAACUAAAAGCUCGAGCGGCAGUUUUUCACUCAAAUUUGAUGGCCAAAAGACGAAAAGUGCAGCAAGAAAGGACCGAACUGGUGACGAGGAGACAUGGCAACUCUCUCGAUUUUACCCCAUGAUAGAGGAGCUUGUUGAGAACUUAAGCAAAGGUGAAUUGCCAAAGAGUGAGUAUGCUUGUAUGAACGAUCCCCAAGCAAAUCAAGAGGUCACUAGUACUAACACUAAAUCAGUACGAAAAAGUCAAGCUCCUGUUCCUCAGGCAGAAAAGAAGGCUCCUGCUCAGUCAAUGAGAUCCAGACGCACUGCCACAUGGGCAAAAUCUCAACAUUCUGAUGAUGGAUAUUCAAGUGACUCAGUCUUGAGGCAUGCUUCUUCAGAUUUCAGGAAGAUGGGGCAACGCAUUUUUGUGUUUAUGAUAGGUGGGGCAACUCGAUCUGAGCUAAGAGCUUGUCAUAAGCUAACAACAAAAUUAAGGAGGGAAGUCGUCUUAGGUUGUACUAGUCUUGAUGAUCCCCCGCAGUAUCUGACGAAACUGAAGCUACUAUCUGAAAGUGAUCUCUCAUUAGACGGUGUCAGAAUCAUGUAGACAUCUUGAAUCCCGACAUUAAUUCUACCUUUGUUCAUGCCAGCAGCCUGUAAAAGACAUUAGGUACAUUUCGCAAGGAAUCAAGGAUCGAUGCAGCUAGGCUUCAUCUGGAAUGUGAGUGCAUAUUGUUGGAUGCAUGUAUGACCAUCAUGCCAUCCUUUCUGAGUGGAAAAUAACCCUUUCCUAAAUGGAUCUGGUGAAGUUGGUUUCACCAACUGAGAGUUGAUCGACUCAUCGUACGCAUUGAAGAGCACGUACGAUCUGGUCAUCGACCUUUUUUAGCUCUUAGAUGCAUCUUGUUGUGGGUAAUAUUUUAGUCCAUCAGAUGCUGCAUACCAAACUCACUUAAGGUUUAAGCCGAAAUCAAUCGGCAGGAGUUUAUCACUAUUGUCAAGAAUGUUGCCUCUACCAUUUUGUUUAUGAGUCUCCCCACAAGCUGACCAUUCUUUUCCGAAACUGUUCCCUCACCUGAAGUGUAUGAGCAUGUAUAUACCGGAUUCACCAAACCUAUAACGCUAUUCUGGCUAUUUAACA